GGUUGCGCAGUUUACGCUGUGUGUGAUCACCCGCAUGGAUUCCAGCAUCAGUAGGGGAUUGUGAGUAAACGGGAACGUGCGUCUGUGAGUCCACCUGUUUGGGAAGAAGAGGACAGUUUUACUGGGAACUUGUUCUGAUUGUUUCGACGCAAUGUCAGCAUUACGGCGAAACGUGCCAUAGGCGACGAGAUCGCUGCUGACUGAUAGCACUCUGCAUUUGUCUAGACUGGCAUUUGAUACAGCCAGAGUGAGGAGAGUGUUCCUACCCAGCUGCUCUUCCGGUGACCCCAGGCACCACCUAACUCAGGGAUAGCAUGGGACCCCACCCUGUGUAUCCCCCACUCCCAUCCUUCCUACUCCUCCUCUCCAUCCUCCUCCUCCUGCUCCACCCGGCCACCUCUUCCUUCCACUCCAAGCCUCAGGUGGUGGAGCGGGCAUCUUUAUCAGGCACCCCAUCUUCCCCAUCUGGUAACACCACAGGGGGCAAGCGGACGUGCACAGACAAGGUGAUGUGUAGACCUGGCAUUGUGCUGCCUGUGUGGCUACCACUCAGCCCUCCACUGGCAGAGCAGACGGGGAGGGCGAUAGUCUACUUUGCCUGCCUCAUGUACAUGUUCCUGGGUGUGUCCAUCAUCGCCGACCGCUUCAUGGCCUCCAUUGAGGUCAUCACCUCCCAGGAGAAAGAGGUGACUAUCACCAAACCCAACGGGGAGACGUCAGUGACCACUGUGCGGAUCUGGAACGAGACUGUGUCUAACCUCACGCUCAUGGCCCUGGGCUCCUCUGCACCAGAGAUCCUUCUCUCUGUCAUCGAGGUGUGUGGUCACAACUUUGACGCGGGUGAGCUUGGACCGGGCACCAUAGUGGGCAGCGCUGCCUUCAACAUGUUUGUGAUCAUCGGAGUGUGUGUGUGGGUCAUCCCCGACGGGGAGUCGCGAAAGAUCAAACAUCUGCGAGUGUUCUUCAUCACAGCCUUCUGGAGCAUCUUCGCUUACAUCUGGCUCUACCUCAUCCUGGCUGUUAUCUCCCCGGGAGUAGUGGAGGUGUGGGAGGCUCUGGUCACUCUGCUCUACUUCCCAGUGUGUGUGAUCUUGGCUUGGAUCGCCGACCGCCGCCUGCUCUUCUACAAGUACAUGCACAAGCGUUACCGUGCCGACAAGCGGCAUGGCAUCGUUGUGGAAACGGAAGGUGACCUGGCGCCCAAGGGGAUCGAUGUAAUCAUGGACGCUAAGUUCUCAGAUAGCAAUUCCACGGCUGGAAACUCCUCCAGUGUCUGCACAGUCUCUGUUCAGACAGGCAAGGAGCUGGACCAGAACAGAGAUGAGGUGGUACGCAUCCUGAAGGACCUGAAGCAGAAGCACCCGGACAAAGACCUGGAGCAGCUUAUCGAGAUGGCCAACUACUCAGCUCUGGUGCAGCAGAGGAAGAGCCGCGCCUUUUACCGCAUCCAAGCCACACGCAUGAUGAUCGGUGCCGGGAACGUGCUCAAGAAGCAUGCCGCCGAGCACACGCGACGCAAAGCCGCCGCUACGGAGGGCGGAGCCCUGGAGAAAGACGACAGGGCCACGUGUACCCACCUGUCCUUUGAGCGUGCCCAAUACCAGUGCACGGAGAACUGUGGUACCCUGAGCCUAGCAGUGAUCUGUGAGGGUGGCAUGGGGCAGCACACCUUCUAUGUGGACUACCACACGGAGAAUGGCUCGGCAAAUGCCGGGGCGGACUAUGAGUUUAGCGAGGGGACGCUGGUGUUCAAACCAGGGGAGAGUCGGAAGGAGAUUAAGGUGGGCAUCUUGGACGACGACGUCUUCGAGGAAGACGAGCACUUUUUUGUGCGGCUGCAGAAUCUCCGUCUGGAUGAGGGCGGCAACAAGGUUUCACUGGGAACGCCGCCCAAGGGCCGGCUGGUGGAGCCGUUAGUUGCCAUGGUUACCAUCCUGGACGACGACCACGCCGGCAUCUUCACGUUCGGCGAGCGCGUGCUGCGAGUGAGCGAGAGUUCGGGUACAAUGGUGGUGACGGUGGUGCGGAACUCUGGCUCGCGGGGCACCGUGAUGUUGCCCUACCGCACUGAGGAUGGCAGCGCCCGUGCCGGCGUGGACUACGAGGAGACCAAGGGCGAGCUUGAGUUCUCCAAUGAACAGACCAGUCAGACUCUACAGGUACGCAUUGUAAAUGUGGAGGAAUAUGAGAAGCAGGAAAACUUCUUCAUUGUGCUGGAUGAGCCCAAAUGGCUAAAGCGAGGAAUCUCAGCUCUGCUGCUCAACCAGGGGAACCCUACUCCAGAAGAGGAGGACGCCAGACGUAUCUCAGAGAUGGGGAAGCCCAUUCUAGGGGAGCACAGCAGGCUAGAGGUCAUCAUAGAGGAGUCCUACGAGUUUAAGAUCCGACAGGGAAUGACUCCAAAUGGGAUACUAGACCCGAGCACCGUGGACAAACUCUUGAAGGACACCAAUCUGGCUGUGGUGAUUGGAACUCAUUCCUGGAGAGAACAGUUCAUUGAGGCGGUCACAGUCAGUUCAGGAGGUGACGAGGAAGAGGGAGUGGAGCGGCGAAUUCCCAACUGCUUCGACUACUUCAUGCACAUUGUGACAGUUUUCUGGAAGAUUCUGUUUGCCUGUGUGCCACCUACCGAGUACUGGAAUGGCUGGGCCUGCUUUGUGGUGUCCAUCAUUGUCAUUGGCUUACUAACCACCGUCAUCGGGGACCUGGCCUCCCACUUCGGCUGCACCGUGGGCCUCAAAGACAGUGUCACUGCUGUGGUGUUUGUGGCUCUGGGCACCUCCAUCCCUGACACCUUUGCCAGUAAAGUCGCUGCCACCCAGGACCAGUAUGCCGACGCGUCAGUGGGCAACGUGACGGGUAGCAAUGCGGUCAACGUUUUCUUGGGCAUCGGGGUGGCGUGGUCCAUCGCUGCCAUCUACUGGGAGACCAAAGGUCAAACUUUCCGCGUGGACCCUGGCUCACUGGCCUUCUCGGUCACGCUCUUCACCAUCUUCGCCUUCAUCAACAUGGGGGUGCUGAUGCUCCGCCGCCGGCCGUCUGUAGGGGGUGAGCUGGGGGGGCCCAAGGUCACCAAGGUGCUCACCACCCUAUUCUUCUUUGGCCUCUGGUUCAUCUACAUCCUCUUUUCCAGCCUGGAGGCCUACUGCCAUGUAAAGGGCUUCUGAGGGAGCACAGGGCUAGAUAGGUAGAUGGGUAGAUUGAGAAACUCACACAUGCACACAGACACACACACAUGCGCAUACAUGCUGGCACGCACGCACACGCACACACACGCACAUCAUGAUCAUUGCCACUGCAACCACACACACACACACACAUCAUCAUCAUCAUCAUUGCCACUGCAACGACACAUCUUCGACAUCUAGCAGAAGAUCCACUACCAGGAGUAAUGAUGCAAAUGUCUAUUUUCUGUACUCACUGCCCACUGCUCACAGAGAGAAUGUCAGACUCUCUCUCUCUCUCACACACACACACACACACACACACACACACACACACACACACACACACACACACACACACACACACACACACACACACACACACACACACACACACACACACACACACACACACACACACACACACACACACACACACACACACACACACACACACAAUUUUAGGGUGUAGAAGAAAAUGUAGAAGGAAAAGCUGGUUAUUAGUAGAGGAAUGUGGUGGUGAUGGACUAUGUGAUGAUCAGAAUCACAGGAUGUUAAUAUGCCUGGUAUAGAAAGUGGAGGGGACACCAUGCAAAGACACUCUUUAAAAAAGGCUGCUCAGGUUAAGAGGAAAGACUAGGAUGGAGUGUGAAGUCUGGAUAUUGACACCACUGGAGACCACAUCAACAUGAUUCUGGUCUGAGUCUGUCUGGGCCUCAGCUCCUGAGGUCUGGGUAUAGUUUUACAGUUUUGGACCAGGCCAUGAUCUUUGAUAGUCUCUCAACUCACGUGGUCAAGAUCUGUCACUGAAUAUCAUCUCUUGUCAGAGUUAUUUGGCCACGUAGCUCUGGUCCAUCGUGCAACGAUAACAACGAGUUACCUCUUCAGAGGCAACUUGUUGUUAUCAUCACGUGAUGGACCAGAGCUAAUGGCCAAGUAGUGCUGACACAACACUGAGGGGACACCUUGUUCUGCAUGCCUUGCCGGCGGCAAAGUAUCAGCACCCCAAUGUUAAUUCCCUAAUGUGGGAGCCGGGUAGGAAUGCAAUGGCUAACACUUAGGUGGACCCAUUGUGCAAAACUGUUUGAAAUUAUAUAAUUUCAAUCAGUGUUGCCCACUGGGGAAGAUGCCUUAUUUAACUGUAAGGUCAAAUAAGAGUCUUGGUUUGAGUUUAGGUCUUCAUCUUGCUGCUUAUGGCCUACCUACGUUAGUUGAACGAGGGCACUACGGUGGCUGAUCCAGAUAAACUUGAUGAACAGAACAAUGUAAACUACACAUGGCAGAUAAGCAUCUCCCUUUCUCCCUUUUUGUCCUGUAUGGCUCAAUGGAUACAGCUGCCUCCGACACCCACAACAACCGCUUCCCCAGCUUUUGUAUUAUACAUUUCUCUUGGAAACAGUUGUAUCUCUAUUCCCUAUUAUGUCAUCUUGUGGCAAGAGGUGAAAUGCUAAUAAAAUGCGCCUAUCUAUCCCCUUUCAUUUGGGCUCACCCCAGUCUUCAUAGCAACAACAACCAAAGACUAUGGGCUCAAUGCUGUUUAGUAGCAUGCUAUUGCAUGCUGUUUAAAAAUGCUGAGAAGCUGCUAUGACAUUAAAUACUGUAAAUUAUAGAGAAAUAACUGAGUAUCUGCCAUUUAGAGUGACCAUGUGACAGAGAUAAUUCAUCCAACUCAAAAUGAGUAGUCUUAUCAUCAAUUUAUUUAUGAAUUUUGUCAUUAAAUGUAUGUAUAUUUUAAUGUAAGAACUUACAUUCACAAGAAAUGACAUUGUAAUUUAUUUCAAGUUGUAACAAUUACAUUUAAAAUGUAUCACAGUU